UUUUUUGACGUUUCACAAAUAAGGUUAGGGAUGAAUAAAAAUAUAGCUUUACAAAUUAAUCUAUAAUUUACUUCGACAAAAAUGUCAGCAAAAACUGUAGCCACUGCAACAGUUAGAGCAGUUAAAAGAAGAAGUUUAUUACCCACCAGAGCAGCAUUACUUUUGACUCCAUCUGCAGUUAGCAGGAUAAAAGAUAUAUUAAAGGACAAACAACAGUAUAUAGGGCUAAAAAUUGGAGUACGACAGAGAGGCUGUAAUGGAUUGUCAUAUACUUUAGAUUAUGCUGAAAAGAAAGGAACAAUGGACGAGGAGGUAGUCCAAGAUGGUGUAAGAGUUUUCAUUGAUAAAAAAGCACAGUUGACGCUACUAGGUACUGAAAUGGAUUUUGUAGAGAGCAAACUUAGUUCUGAGUUCGUUUUUAAUAAUCCAAAUAUAAAAGGUACUUGUGGAUGUGGAGAAUCAUUUAGUGUAUGAAAUAGAAAAUUAAAUAAAUUAAUAUAUGUGUGAUAUAUUGUAGAUUAUAGUAACUCAGAAUAAAUUAUAGUAAACUGUGA